UCUACAUUUGACACAGUCGCAUCAGUUUCUCUCUCUUCUAAGAUCUCCGUUCCUUUCUAGAGAGAGAAAGCUCAAAGCUUCAUCAAUGGCGUUCGUAUCUUUCCUCGGUCGAGUUCUCUUCGUAUCGGUUUUCGUUCUCUCUGCGUGGCAAGAGUUCAAUGAAUUUGGCAAUGAUGGUGGAUCGGCAGCAAAAACCCUUGUGCCCAAGUUCAGUGUGUUCUCAAAGCAUGUCACAGCACACACCGGGUUCCAAGUGCCAGAAUUUGAGAUCAAAAUUUUAGUUGCUGGAGCUAUUGCCCUGAAGGGUAUCGGAAGCCUCCUUUUCAUCUUUGGCAGCACAAUUGGUGCUUUUCUUCUGAUUCUGCACCAGCUGAUUGCUACUCCCAUCUUGUAUGAUUUCUACAACUAUGACGUAGAGAAGAAAGAAUUCUCUCAACUGUUUAUCAAAUUUACACAGAAUCUAGCACUGUUGGGGGGACUCAUGUUUUUCAUUGGCAUGAAGACCUCAAUGCCAAGAAGACCAUUAAACAAGAAGAAGGCUUCCAAAUCAAAGACAGUCUGAGUGAUGGUGGUUUUGCUUGUACUUGAUUUUCCCUUUUCUAUUUGUUUAUUUUGUCUUUUGCUUCAACACUUGCAAUGCAUCUUCUUCUGUAAUGUUUAGGAAUCAUAUGGAUUUUUGGUCUUUCUUUUUAGUGUAUACAAUUAAUUCAUAUUUUGUUUGCUCUCAAAGUUGUUAGAAAA